AGGAUGACGAACACUACCACCACCUAUGACUAUGAAUAUGAAUAUUACGCAUAUAAUUACAACAGCCUUCCGGAUGUCCCUGUACACUGCCCAGCUGGCCACUGUCCCUCCAAUGACGUCUACUUCAUAGCCUUGCCUCUGCUGUAUGCUGCCAUCUUCCUGGUGGGUGUGCCAGGCAACAGCCUGGUGGCUUGGGUGACCUGGAAAGAGUGCCGCCACAGGCUCGGGGCCUCUUGGUUCCUGCACCUGGCCGUGGCUGACUUGCUCUGCUGUGUGUCUCUGCCCUUCCUGGCUGUGCCCAUCGCCCAAAAGGGCCAGUGGCCAUACGGGGCAGCGGGCUGCUGGCUGCUCUCCUCAAUCACCGUCAUGUCUAUGUACGCCAGUGUGCUGUUACUGACCGCCCUCAGCGCUGACCUCUUCCUACUGGCUCUCAGGCCCUCCUGGAAGACUGCAGAUCACCGGACACUUGGGGUGAGGGUGGCCCAGGCCUCCUCCUGGAAGCUAGCCCUGUUGCUGACCGUGCCCUCUGCUGUCUACCGGAGACUGGUUGAGGAGCACUUCCCUUCCCGGCUUGUGUGCGCCACCGACUAUGGCGGAUCUGUCGCGGCAGAAGUCACCAUCACCACCGUUCGGUUUCUCUUUGGUUUCUUGGGGCCCUUGGUGUUUAUGGCCACUUGCCACGGCAUCCUCCAAAGGCAAAUGACCCGGCGCCGCUGGCCCCUGGGCACAGCGGUAGUGGUGGGGUUUUUCAUUUGCUGGACCCCUUACCACAUCCUGAGGAUCAUACUUGCAGUGGCUCAGCCACUCUCUGCGCUCCUUGCCCGGGGCCUGGAGGCCGAGCCUGUGAUUACAGGCCUGGCUCUUGCUCACAGUGCUCUCAAUCCUAUCAUGUUUUUGUAUUUUGGAAGAAAGCAGCUCUGCAAGUCACUCCAGGCUGCAUGUCACUGGGCCCUGAGGGAUCUACAGGAUGAGGAAAGCAAGGUGACCAAGGUAUCUUCCAGCCAGGAAGUCACGUCCGAGAUGCCCGUGUAGGCAAGGGUU